AAUGUGGGCGCGGACACUGUGUCUUUAGAAGCGGCGAAAGAUUUUGUGAACAGUCUAGUCAGACAUAACACCACACUAUCUUCCCGAGGUAAAUCAAUGUGGCAUGAUAUUGUACAGAUGAAAUUGAAAGAGAGCGCAUGGUUGAUGUGGUGA